UCGGCAACCCACGCUAAAUGGAGGACCGCUCAUCCCAGCGGUGCUCCACUGCGCCCUCCGGAGGUAGGGAGGCGGGCUACAGGCCCCAUGCGGAGACAAAAGCCCUCCGCAUAAAUUUGGCGCGUAUCAUCUCCGGGGAGCUGCUCGCCUUCGGCCAACACAGCAGUUCUCCGCAGAUAAUGUAGUAGCGGCGAGCUGCCGCUAGAGGACGACCACCUCUCCGUGCACCGUUGCCUUUAACUGCAGUUUCCAUAUCCUGUACCGCGGCGCUCCUCCACUUCACAUCGCUGAUACCCUGCAGCGGAGCGCGAGCAGCACCGGAGCCCCAGCACUGCAGUCAUGGCAACUACUGCAGCACAGUCAGCAUAUAUGGAUCAAAGCGCCUUCCACUAUGACUAUGAAUCUCUGAGGACCACGGGGGUGAUCCUAGCAGUGGUCAUGUUUGUGGCAGGGAUCCUCAUUGCCCUGACUCAAGUCCCAUUGAGGGCUCCCAGCCAACAAAGACAGAAGUGCCCUCUCAGACGGUGUGAUGAGUCAGGGGUGCUGGCGAGGGAGGAGGCAACCGGGUGUCAGAGUCACGCACGAGCAACGAAACUCACUUCUUGGUGCUUCAGAACAACUUUCACAGGGUGGAGACCCAUUUCUUGCAAGCCGGUAUCAGUCUUGUUGCGGGAAACUGUUAGUCAGUUAGAUUUGUGGUUUUUGUUAAUGCGUCACUGCUCUGGUUAUUAUCGCUGUCAUUCAACUGUUUUAAUAAGGGCGUUUAAAAAGUGUGUGACCAAAGGAAAUGGAUGAUUUGCCAUUGGCAUGCAAUUCAUAAUUCUGAUUCAUUCAUAAAAAGUAGCAGUGAAUAAUUCAAUAGGAGCAGCUGCUGGUGUAGCUGUUAUAGAUGCUGCCCUUGGACCUAAAGAUCACAGGUUCAAAUCUCAGCUAUAGUACUCUUGAGCAAGGUACUUUCCCUACA